CAAGAACAAGAGCAAAGUUAGAAAACACAAAAACGCGCCUAUCUGUCGCCUUGAAAUGAAAUACACACAAUAAAUUCGUCCGCUUGCAGUUCUACUAUGGCUUCACCGCGGAACUACAACAAGCUGCGACUCUGACUCACUGCCAAGUAUAGUCGCUCCGCAGUUUCGGUGUGCCAGCAAGCUCGGCUACGGGGCAUCGACAGCAACUUUCAUAAUGGUACAACAUGGGGAAAAGAUGACAAUAUUAGCAUCGAGUGACGGUUAUUGCCAGACUCCGAUGCCCGCCACGGCGGCGGCUAUCCGGACCCCCUGUGUUUUUUCGUACAACAAACCUGGACGGACUGCUGGUGUCUGAUUGACCGCAAACUACUGCGACCCCUUCCGCGCCAAGUCACACAACUUCAACGGCCAGGUUUUUUUUUCGGCAACGGUGUGAGCAAAAAACCCGGCGGGCAGCCGCGGCGACCGCAUUUUUUUUUCUGUGAAAUGUAGACAACCUUGGAGGUUGUCUUGCGAUUGGCUUUCCUGGUGAACUUCUCGGUCAUCUAAGUACGUAAAUCCAUCGUGACCAUGAGUGAACUCGCGGUGGCCCGGUCGGACGCGCACUACGAGGCGUUACGACGCGCGUACGACGAGCGAGUGAAGAGCUUGUCAAGAAAGUUGCGCGGAGGUUCGGCUGGGGGAACUGCGGCGGGGGUUGUAGUUUCGGCGGAGAGCAACACGAUGAUAUCCAGUUCGCCCGGAGACGAAAGCGAAAUAUCAAGUGCAAAUAUGUCUGGGUCUACUGGAAACUUGUGAUGCUAGGUGGCGUACCAUGUUCAUGAGGAGGCCACAAGUGGUGGCUCAGCAUGACAAGUUUCUGAGCUUCUAGGUGUUGCCUAUUCUGCAUGACAAACUGCGUACCUGCAUGAUAGAAAAAUGGGGCUCUUGGGUAAGAUGCAUGACAGAUUUAAGAGUCAUGUCAGACAAGCAUGACAAAAAUGCAUUCUUCCAGACCCAGACAUAUUUGUAUUCCAUAGGAAAGCAUGGAUCACGAUAUUCGGAUGGCGCCGGGGUCCACCGUCUCGACCGCACAUCCGCCCUCCGCUUCGGACUUCGACAAAGUGCGCGAGGAACAGAUUGACACUCUGGUAGAGUUGUAAUCUAGUGCGUCGAGGAGUAGAACAAGCGAUUUCAUAAUUCAAGUACGAGAAUGAUAAAUGAAUCGAUCCAGCCUGAAGCUGAAGCUGAACCACCUGAUGAGACAAGUGAAAUACAUAGAAAUUUUACUUAAUAUGACCAGGUCGAGAAAAUGAGUGCCCUGUCCACACGAGAGCGCGACACGAGUCGAAGCAACGUGGAACUGAAGACGCAGCUGGACAAAACCAGCCAGACGCUGGAGGAGAAGCGCAAGGAGCAACAGAAGCUGCAGGCCCAGCUGGCAGACAUGGAGCGCACCUCGCGGGCGGACCGGGACUAUUUCGAAACUACGCGGGCAGAGGAGCAAAAGGAGCUGGAGAGUACUUCUUGUUCCUUCCUGACUGUCAGUUUUUUGCUCAGCAAGCAGUCGACCAUCGCUACAUGUGAUUGAGAGGUGGACUAGUCUGCUGUUAACAGAUGAUCUAUCAUGAUCAUGGUCUACUUUUAUGCUUCUGUUAGUUUCUUUUUCCAGUACGUACCUGAAACUGUGUAACAGGGUUCCGGCAGCGGUGCCAUUCUUUGGAAGCAGAAAACAAAACCCUUCGCGAGGAAAAUGCGGAAUUCGAAAAGAGGCUCGAGGCGCUGUAUGAUGAGCGGCAAAACAUCCAGCAAGAAGUCAUCAGCUGUACUAUCAUUCAGUACUGGUUCUUGGCCCUUUCUGUCCGCCCUCCAUCUGUUCGCUUUCUAUGUUGAAGAUGCGGGUUCGACACAUUAGAGAUCAUGCCGUUGGCAUGCGCUACUUUCAUCGCCUACAAGUAGAAUCAGAAACACUUUUCUAACAGUUACGAAGCAGCAGGAUUCCAUUCAGGAGGAGCUGAAGCAGAGCCAGGAGCUGUUGCGCCAGUCGGAGCUCGAGCGGGCGAGUUUACGCGACCAGUACGUGCAUGUCGGUGAAAAAUUCGAGCGUCUUAUGGACCUGGAGGAAAAGGAAAACGGCGACACCCUGCGGGAGCUCAAUGUGCGGCUCAAGGGCUUGAAGACCGAGAAGGAAAAGCACAAGAAAAAGACCGACAGGAUAAUUGUGGAUCUGGAAGAAGCGCUGAAGACAAAGGAAGUCGGUAUAACGAAAGAAGGAUUCUUUAUAUUACAACGUAACUUUGCAGUUUUUAUGUCCUUGUAUUUUGAAAGCCGUUUGUUAUUCUUUUUGUCUGCAUCUCCAUCUUCAUGUGAAGGUCACGCCUUCAAAUUUCAGUAUCCGAAUUCGCACUCCUGUAGUUCCUCGAGUUGAAAUAAAACCAUGAAAUUGUUCAGAGUGUGACCGGCUCCAAGCCCUUGUGGACGAGGAGCGGUCCCGGCACCAGGAGAGCGAGCAGACCCUCCUGGAAACGCAGCGCAAAACCCUGCACGAGCACAACCUGGGCCUCGCGAAGCUGUCCGAAAUGAUGCCCAUCGCGAGUCACCAGCAGAUCUUGGAGGAAACGCGGCGCCACCACCACGCUGGGAUGCUGGAACUGGAGCAGAACCUGCGCGGGCAGUAUAUGGCGUUCUCAAACGUUACAUUUUCAACUGUUACGUGAUUUGUCAUGCAGAAUGACCAUGACCCGCCAGACGAUCGAGCUGCUGGGCAUGACAAAUUCUUGGAGGGCUAAGCAGCACGAAACUCUGCACGAAACCUGUAAUGCAAGACGCGCAAGGUUCUCCCUCUCACCGGUGCUAGUCUUGCAUUACAAAUUCAUGUAACAGUUGAGAAUGUAACAGUUGAGAACGCCAUACAGUACCAGAAGCAGCUCUCCGAGCAGAGCGAGCAGGAGGAGAGAAAGCAGAAGGAGUUCCAAGACACCCUCCUGCACGUCCGCACCGGGCUAUGAGAGUGCACAACUAGAACUACACCCCGUCCCCCUCAAUUGUCAAUUGCAUGGCACGAGCAGCAAGACAAACACCAAUUUUACACGUGGAGCCUGUGCAUGACAAGUUGUUCAAGGGCCGAAUUUAGUACGGUUUGGGCUUCCGAAAUUUGUCAUGCAAACGGUUUUGCCACAAGGCACCAAAUCAAUUGAUGGGGACUUUGCAUUACAAAUGAGGGAGAGGGGGAGCAGUUGUGCACUGUCAUACGGCCUGAAGAAGCUCGAAGCGCAGCGGGACGACGCCUCGCGGAAGGCCAAGACCAGCGACGAAGAAAGCGUGAGCUUGCGGCAGCAGCUCCGCCGGGUCACCACGGAGGCCAAGGACCUGGAGGAGAGCAAGAAGCUGUUUGCGCAGAACCUGGAGGAGGCGAACAGCAAUCUGGUCCGGCUCCGGCAGAUGUGGGAGGAGGAGAAGUCGAACCGGUUGAGCGCGGAGAAAACGAACACGGAGUUGAAGCGCAAGCUCGCCGUGAAGGACGAAUUUUUGAAGAAGGAGCGGGGCGUCUUGAUGGAGGACCUGGAGCGGACCAUCGGGAGCAAACUGCGGUGGGCCGAGGACGAAACGGAGCGCCUGCUGUCCAAAACGCAGUCCGCGGACCAGGAGACGGACCGUCUCCGCGCGGCGCUGGCCGCGAAGGACGCGAAGAUCAUCCAGAUGCUGGACGACCGGUCGGAUUUGGAGCGCAAGUUCGCGCGCGACCAGGCGGUGGGAAGGAAGGCAGUGGAGCUGCUUGUGAACUGCCAGCAAACCACGAAGUUGUUCUGCGACGCGGCGAGGAGAGAACUGGCCUUUCUGAAGAAGUCCGUACAGGAGGAGGUGCAGACGGUCUUCCAUGACGUCCUGUCCACACGGUGCGCGUCGCUGCAGCAGAUGCUGAAGCAGCAGGACCGGCAGUCGGAGAAAACGCGACUCAGCCUGAAACGGGAGAUCGCAGACCAGUCUGAGAAAACGCUGUCGCAAAAGCAGCAGUACCAGGACAUUCUGGCGCAGCAGCGCGCUGUCAACAAGCAGUUCGAGUUCGUCACAAAAGAACGAGACGAAUUCAAGCGGAAACUGGACGCUGCAAAGGACAAACACCAAGAGCAGGAAUUGUUGCUGGAAAGGAUACUCAGGUACAACGUGUGUUUUGUUUCAUCAAAUCGGGCCACGGUCUUUGUAUCUCGAACGCCGCGCCACCACGUCACACGAUCAGUAUGAUAUGAAAUGCAAGGUAAGUAAAGACGAGCUGAAGAUGAAUCUUUCUUCAAAAUCAUGGAAGCUCCACAUCGACAUAGUACAAUAUUACAAGUCUAACAAGACGCAACCAAUGAGAACAAUUCGAACAACUACCAUCCACAGCGCUGUUGUCGCUCCCCUUCCAGCGCUCGACCAGAACAAGGAGGCGUUGCUGCUGGCCUCGACGAGCGGCACGAGCAAGACGGAAGUUUCGGAGCAGAUCAAGUCGUUUCGCGCGAAAAUCGCGGCCACGAUUGACGACAUCCGCAAGGGAGCGUUGCAGGACCACGAGAAAACGACGAAUUUUAAACUGAAGGCCAUGGAGGAAAAGCUGGCGCACGAGCUCGGAUUCCAGAAAGAAAGCGAGAUGAAAGCGAAGACGGACCACGAGAGGCAGCUCGCGGAAUACGCACUGCAAAUGGCCGAAAUGCGGGGGACCGUCGCGACCCUCGAAGACCGUCACCGGGAAAUCGUCGCGAAAAACAACUCACUCGAAGCGGAGCUAAAGGAGGCCGAGACGGAUCUCAAGUACUUACUUACCUAGGCUUCAUGGAGGCUUUGUAUCUUGUUAGGCCUCUGCACUGCAAAACUCAACUCGAGAUGAUGAUGACGUCCUGCAGGGGCAACGUUGUCUCCAGCGCUCCUAGUUGAUACGUACUUACUGAAAGAUGAUCGAGUAACGUUUUCUAACCAGCUAUUCAUCACAUACAUAUUCCCUGUACAUGUAAAAUGCUCUAUCGCUACUAGGUUCUACGCCUCGCGUUGCGAGGAGCAGAGCGAAGAGCUGGAGAGAAGGAGGGAGCGCGAGGACGAGACCACCCGGGAAACGGAGCUGCUGGUGGAUAUGAGAGUGCACAACUCCCCCUCCCCCUCAUUUGUGAUGCAAAAUGUCUAAUUUACACCUUGCCUCUGGGCACUGUUAGCAUGACAAGUUCUGGCAGCCCAAAUAGCACUACACUCCUGUCCAAAUUUGUCAUGCAAAACCUGUGCUCUAGGUGACGCUUGUAUUGCCGUUCAUGCAACACAAAUGAGGGCGAGGGGGAGUUGUGCACUCUCAUAGUGGAGCUUGCCAAGACGGAAGCGGUGCAGCCGGUGAAGGAGCAGAUGUAUCGCAAGGAAAAAUCCCCCCUCCCCAUAUUGAAGAGGUAGGUUUUCGAAAAUUUGUGUUGCUGAUUUGAGGUCACAAAUCGCGUUUGUGUUGCAAGAAGACAAGGGCAGCAGCUUCCGUCCCAUUCUGGAGGCGGUUUGUCAUGCUGUUGCGCCAACAUCACGGACGCUUCUCAUGCUAAGCGCCUAAGUCAAAGCAUCUCUGCUCAGGCUUGAUAUGGGUCUGCAGUCCUCUCUAGCAGGACAGAUGUGAUUUGUGUACUCAAAUACAGCAACACAAAUUCCGCUUUCGAUAUGGGGAGGGGGGAUUUUUCCUCACAAUAAGAUGCGGGAGGUGUUCCAGGAGGCGGAACGCCUGCAGAACCGGUUUGCGAAAGACCUGCACGACCGGGACCAGCAGUGGGAGAGCAUGGUCGAACAGAUCCGGCAGGAUUCCAACCAGCUGCUCGGGCAGCGGGAGAAGGAGUACCAGGCGGCAAACGCCAAACUCGAGCGGGAACUCGAGCGCGGUCGGGAGCGCGAACAGGAGCUGGUGGCCGAGGUUGCGAAGGCGAAGCACGAAGUGACCCUGCGGCAAAGCUCCAUGAUGAGCGAGAUCGAUCGCGCGGCGACCGCGCAGAAGCGUGCGGAGCACGAGUGCGAACAGGUGCGGCGAGAGAUGAAAAACGUGCAAGAGGCCAGCUCGCGACAGCACCGCACCAUGCAAGAAGCGCUCGAUCUCAAAACACGGCUUGCAGAGGAGGUAUUGAUAAAGUUUUCCUUUGUAGUUUCUGAUUCUGUGGCUCUUUCUCUUCUCGACGGCCAGUAAAGGUAGAUGCUUUGUUCAUCGGUCAGCUUGUGAAGAAACUGCACUCAGAUCCAACGCGAGAACCGGCAGCUGGUUGCGGAUCGGGAUGAGGAAAUCCGCAAGAUAACUGAGCUCAAAGAGGACGAGCUGGAAAGGCUGCAGUCGACGAUCAAGAACCAAUACGCGCAGCCACGCACGGUCUCCCAGGUGGUGACGCAGCAGGAACAGCUCGAAAAAGAGGCCGAGUCGCUUAGUAUGCGGGUCAAACAACAUCUUGCGUCCCCAGACCACGACGAUGGACCAGCCGGCGGGAGGGGCUGAAACAGCCGCGACUGUUGAUUUUCCCCGGGGGAAAAGAAGGUUGGAGUGCGGGUCCUUCCGCCCAGCUGAGGUCGUCGUUUUUGCGCUCGGCAAAAAUUCCGCCAAGAGGACUACGAACGCGUCUAGUACCAGCACGCACUUUACGCAAGCUUUCGUCCGCGCGUGCGUCGGAGGACGGGAUGAACGCUGCACGAUUGGCGGAGGCGUUGGUGUGUCCGAUUCUGCUGAGGAUGUAGCUAGAUGUACAUAAAAACAACUUUUUGGGUUGCCGCAAAUUCUGCCCUCGCCGGUCAGAGGUGUUGAGAAGUAAUGAGUACUUAGCUGCUUUCUGCACUGCGCUACCUCGACUGCGCGACAGUCGUCUGAACGCUCGCAAGACUCUCGAGUACUGUCCAUAGUAAGCUGUUGCACAAAAAUGUUCAACGAGCGGAAACGCUAUCAUACAUUCACCGUAGAAAGAGAUUUGGUUGCACAGAAACGCGUGCCGUUUGCA